AUGAGCAGCCACCACGUCUUGCUCCUGGGAGGCCACGGCAAGAUUGCCCAGCACCUCACACCUCUCCUCCUGCAGCGAUCCUGGACGGUGACCAGCAUCAUCCGCAACCCGGACCAGGUACCUGCGGUCAAGAGGCUCGGCGAGAACCAGAGGGGCAAGCUCGACGUUCUGGUCCGCAGCCUGGAGGAUGUCAAGAGCGAGGGACAGGCCAAGUCUCUCCUCGACGAGGUCAAGCCCGAUUACGUAGUCUGGAGUGCGGGUGCGGGCGGAAAAGGUGGUUCUGAAAGGACUUUCGCCAUAGAUCGCGAUGCGGCAAUCCAUUUCAUCAACGCGGCCGUGGCAACGCCCUCCAUCACAAGGUUCCUGCUGGUCUCGUACAACUCCUCGCGACGGACCAAGCCGUCGUGGUGGUCCGACGAGUCCUGGAAGGAAGCGUUGCACGUCAACAAUAACGUUUUGGCGUCGUAUUUCCAAGCCAAGGUGGCCGCAGACGAGGAGCUGUAUAAGGCCUCGAAGAAGCGACCCGACUUUGCCGGCAUCGACCUGCGGCCCGGGACUCUGACCGACGAGCCGGCCGGGAAGGUGGAGCUGGGGAAGACGAAAAAAUCAAAGGGUGUAGUGAGCCGCGAGUCCGUGGCCCAGGUGGCGGCUUUGCUGCUGGAGAGCGGCGGCGUCAAGAGCGGUUGGUUGGACCUACUAGAUGGAGAUGAGGAUUCCGAGUCAGCUGUCAAGCGAGUGAUCCGGGAAGGGGUCGAUGCCGCCGAAGGCGAAGCGUUCUUUUAA